GUCACAGCACGCAGUUCUAUCGAUUUGUAUUCUUCAAUCUUUCUCUUUACCUCGGAGCUACGACUCACCGGCACAACGAAACGACAUCGCAGCAACGUUAGCAAAAUUUGUUCCGAAAGCUUUGGGGCCUCCUCCGCUUCUGUUCAUUUCUCUCUAAAUCUUCGUCUUCAACAACAAUGAUCCGGUUCAUCUUGUUACAGAACCGGCAGGGCAAGACCCGUUUAGCUAAGUACUACGUUCCUCUCGAGGAUUCCGAGAAGCACAAGGUCGAGUACGAGGUUCAUCGUUUGGUGGUCAACAGAGAUCCCAAGUUCACCAAUUUCGUUGAGUUCCGCACACACAAGGUGAUCUACAGGCGAUAUGCCGGGUUGUUUUUCUCACUUUGUGUUGAUAUAACUGAUAAUGAGCUGGCCUAUUUGGAAUGCAUUCAUCUAUUCGUCGAGAUUUUGGAUCAUUUCUUCAGCAACGUUUGCGAGCUUGAUUUGGUCUUCAACUUUCACAAGGUCUAUCUGAUACUUGACGAGUUCAUUCUUGCUGGAGAGCUCCAAGAAACAAGCAAGAAGGCGAUUAUAGAGAGAAUGGGGGAACUGGAAAAGCUGGAGUGAAGUUUGUAUUUAUCCUCUCGAGACAAGAUUUUUGGAUUGCAAUAUGUUUCUUUGUUUCUGCUGAUUGUAGCACUUAAUUGCGCACUACCAUUCCUUGUGUCAAUUCUUCUUGUAUAAUAAAAGUUAAUGAACUAGAACAUGUCUCUUUUUUCUUAUCUCCUUUGUUCCUGGCUUUCCCCCUAUUUCCCAUUUGUGGUUGUAACUUCUUUUUUCUUCCCAAAAUACAUAUUGAAGGCAUAUACAAGACCAAGGUGAAUUGCAAAAUUUUCAGUUUUGUAGUUCUGAGUA